AUGGGAAAAGUUGGUAAAAAAAAGAAUCUUAAGACUGUAUCAUUCCUCAAGAAAAAUAACAGUUCUCGUAAACAAAAAAAGAGGCGUUCCAAAACCUUUAAUCGUAAGAAUUCUGUGAAGAAAAGAGUAGUAAUGAAAGCUAUAAAAAAUUCUCAUAAUAAGAAAUACAAAAAAAAGCCAAUACCAAAUACAAAUUUAAAUAUUGAUACUGAAGUUAUUGAAAUUGAAGAUAAUUCAAUAUGUGUUGAUACUUCUUCUGAAAUAAGUGUUAUACCAAAUAACAAUAAUACAACUAUUAUAGAUAUUACUGAUAUUUCUGAUGAAGUUUAUGACUGCCACAGAAUACCUUCUAAAAUCAAAACUCAAAAUAUUAAAUGUGAUGAUGUAAUAGAUAUUACUGACACAACCAUAAAUGAAAAUAGUCAAUCAAUUAUUGAAUGCAUAUCUAGUGACGACAAUGAUACUGAAACAUUGGAAUGUUUGAAACCUACCAGUGUUGAAAAUAAACAUAUUCAUCUUAUAACAAUAUCUGAUGAUAGUGAUGAAGAAAAAAUAGAACAACAACCAACUAUUAUAAAACCAACACAAUUUGUAUCUAUAAAAAAAAGUCUGGAAUCUGCUACUGAUCCAAUAAACAAAUUAAAAAAAAAAUACAUUAGUCCUUUACCUUUACGUAACCGUAAGAAAACAAAGAUUAAUGAGGACUUAAAUUUUAACUUUGGUGCCUUUAUAAUUGAUAAACAAAGAAUUCCUGAUCAACUUCAAAAUUAUAUUCAAAUUGAAAAAAAACGGCAACCCUCACUAAAAAAAAUUAACUUGGCCAAUAGAAAAUUAAGACCAAUUGCCAUUGAUGGUCUAAAUAUUGGAUAUAAGUGAGUUUUUUAAAUUUCUCAUUAAUUUCACUAUAAUAAUAUGUAUACUGAAAUGUAUUAACAUGAUAUUUCAAAAGAUUUAAUUCUAAUAAAAAUAUAUAUUGAACAAUUUAGAUAUAUAUAUUUAAAAUUGUAUAAUUAUUUAUUUAUUUGUAGACAUGGUGGUGGUGGAACUUUUUCACCAAAGGGCAUUGAAUUAUGUGUAGAAUUUUUUACUAAACGAGGACAUAAAGACAUCUUAGCUUUCCUCCCAGAACAUCGACAAGGACCACCUGGUAGUGAUAUGCAUACUAUCAUAAAUAAAUUGGACAAAAAGGGUCAUAUCUGUUUUACACCUAGCAGAAAAGUGCAAAACAAACGUAUGACAUGUUAUGAUGAUCGGUAAUGUUAAACUUAUUCACUAAUUAAUUCUAUUAAAAUUAUUUUUAGUACAAAAUUGUUACAUUUAAAAAAAAAAAUAGCCUAAUGUUUGUCAUACACACGUCACUUAGAGUUCUGUAGUUAAAUAUUUUAAUAUUAUUUAUUCAAUAUUAACAAAGCUACUGUUUAUUCAAAAUAAUUUCCAUUGGAUAUGUUUAUUAAAUGCUAUUCUGUUACAUGUAUUAAGAAUUUUUAAUUAUACAGUUAGAAAGUUAGAGGAGUUUACAUAUAAUUAUAUAUUAUCUACUUCAGAAGCUUAUAUGUCUUGAAAUAUUUAUCUGUAAAAAAUAUCUUAUAAAUACAUUAAACAGAUUUAUAAAUGUUUUAUGGUAUUCUUAAUUAUCUUUCCAAUAAUACUCCACAUGAUUGGGUGGGUGAAAAAAAAAAAUUUGCAUUCCUCAGUUGUAUGUGUAAACAAUUCUACUUCUGAUCUAUGAUUAUUAUUAUUUUAUUUUUUUUACUGUAUAAUUGUAUAGUUCAUAUGUGACAUCUUUCUGUAGAAUUUCAUCUUUAGUAAUAUAUAAAUUGCGGAAUUGCAAUGAUUGGCCAACAGACAUGAAAAAAUAAUUAAGGUUUGAGGUUUGCUAUUUUUACUAUAGAACCCUAAUAAAUAGUAACCAUUCUAACGUACUAUCAUUAGUUCAUAAAAUUAUUGAAUCAAACCUAUGUACUUUACAUAAAAAAAAUGUGCAAUAUUUCAAAUUAAUAACUAAGGAUAGCAUAUCAAAACAAAAUAUCUUUAUUAGUAAUUGGUUCUAGUCUUAAAUCGUUAUAAAUAUACUAUUAAAUUAAUAUGGUAUGAUACAAAGUACCUAAUUUAGAUAGAUUUGUUAAUUUAUAGUAUAAAUUCAUACAAUCUUUUGAUUCAUAUGGUAUGAGAAAGUAUCUAUCCUUAAAAAAAAAAUCACCACUCACUUGAACCGACUAAUGUGUAAACUAUACUACCAAUAUUGCUCAUAUAGACGUAGACCAUAAACUAUUUCCAUUAAUAGGUACAAGUUUUGUUUUAAACCUCAUUACUCUAAUAUUGCUAUUUUUAUCUAUUAAAAAAAAUUUAAUAUUUGCAAUAAAAUGUACAAACAAAUUUAAAAAAAUGAUUCGAUACUAGUAAUUACUUAUUAAUAUGAAUAAAGUAUCAAUAUAAAAAGUACUUAUAUCAAAAGAAAAAUAAUGAUACUUUACUGAUAUCGGUAGUAUCAUAACUAGUAAUAACUCCCCGCUCAGUUGAAAUCUAAAAUAUUAAUAUUAUUCAUAUAUUUAUAGUAUUAAAAUUGUUAAAAGAUAUUUUGCUAUACUAAUUUUUCAAUUUAAAAAAAUUAAUUUACACGUUUUUUUUUUCUACAUAGGAUAAUACUUGAUUAUGCUAACAAGUGUGGUGCUGUAGUUAUAUCAAAUGACUACUAUAGAGACCUGUAUGAUGAAAAUGAAGAGUUUAAACACAUUAUCGAAAAUAGGUAAAGUAUAAAAUUGACUUAAUUCGGGUGAAAAAAAUAAUGUUUGAAUUUCAAUAUUUUUGAUUUGCUUAAAUUAAGGUAUAAGACAUAAAAUUUAAUAUCAGGCUAAUUCUAAAGUUUCAAAUCAUUUUUAUUCUUGUAUACUUCAUCAUAUUUUUAUCUAUAAUGAUAAUUCUAACAACAUAUUACGUCAUUAAAUAAGUUAUAAAAUUAAAACUAAAUAUCAAAAAAAAAAAAAUGGGCUUGUACAUGGAGUGAGUAAGUUUUGAAAAGUAGACAGUUGCAACUUGUAAAAUAUAAUGUAAUAAACUAAGCAAAAAACAGUAAAUAUACUAUAUGAAAACAAGACAAAUACUGCUAUAAAUUAACAUUAUUUAAAUCUAAGCUACACAAAUAAUUACAUCAAUUUAAUUUCAAAUCUAUUAAUAUCAAUAUUUAAUCCUUCAUAAAUCAACUCCUGUAUAAACCGUAUUGAAUUUUCCAAAUGUAUUAUAUUUUAGGCAAUUUAAAUUAUUUAAUGUUUUUAUUCAGGUAUUGUAAACAUACUGUAGUUUAAAUAUUGUUAUAUCAAAUUUAAAAUAUUUAAGAUUACUUUUUUACAAAAAAAAAACUAAAUUUAAUACUCCAAAAUCAGUAAACAUGUUAGUUGUAGGAUAUAAUUUAGGCUUAUGCAAAAUUAUUUUAAUUAUUAAUGCAUUUGAUUUUUAAAAAUAUAAAAAAUAUUGAGAAUUAAAGAAGUUAUAUGCUACUUACGAUUUGUUUAUUUAAAAUGCCAUCAAAUAUAACUCCAAAAUACUUAAUUAAAUUAAUGUUUUUAAUAUUUAAGCAUGUACAAUUAAAUGACACUAAGCAAUCAAAAUUAUUAAUCAAACAUUUUUUUAAAUCUAAAAAUUAUUUUUAUUAUUAUCCAAACUAGUUUAAAUUUAAUCAGAAAAAGAUAUUACAGCAUCUGUAAUAGAUCUUCCUGGCCUAAAACCAAAUUGGUUGCUCAAAAAAAAUUGUUUUUAUUAGACGUAAAUAAUGCAUCUUCUAUCUGAGUCAUUUUUCAUACAAAAUUAGUGUUAAUUGUUUAUUUUGUUUUAUAAAUCAUUAGGCAAGUAAUGAUUACAUUUGCCAGAGAUGAAAUUCUUGUUCCUGAAGAUCAAUACAAUCAUUACAAUCGUCAAAAUGGCAUGAAUGAUAUUCGAUGUCUUUCAGAUAUUUUGUCUUUUCCUGCAUAA